CUAAUCUCUUGCUCAACUAACGGGAACAGCCAGUCCAUCUCUAGCAUCAGCUACACCAUCAAUGGAGGAGAACCUCAAACCUCAUCCUCAGUAGCAGGAGUGACGGUACCAGGCGAUGAGCUGGAGGUGGGAGAGAAUAUGGUGGUACUGACUGUGACUGGAGAGGAUGGGGAGACCACUCGUCAAGCCACCAUCACAAUCCAGCGACGAAUACCAGAGGUUCUGUGUGUUGGAUACUAUGGCCUGGAGGGAAACUCUUACAAUAUCUCGUGUACCAGCAAUCUACUGCCUACCACUACUGAAUGUUCUCUCAAUGGAAGACCCUACCCCUGCAACCCCGGGACAUCACUGUUGUUC